AUGGGAAAUCCACAGAAGUCGAGUAGUUGGAGCCAAAACCUUCAUACAGCGGCAAGGUCCGGUGAUCUAACUGCAGUACAGUCAAUUCUCAGCUCCAAUCCUUUGGCCGUCAAUUCUAGAGAUAAGCACUCCAGAACUCCUGAGUGUCUGAUAUCUUGCUGUGGUAAGGGAUGGCCGAAUCCAUUCCACAGAGUCACCCGAAAAGAUAUUAAUGUUUCCUUGACAAGUGAUCUUGAUCAAAGACUACAUUUAGCAGCAUGGUCUGGGCAAACAGAGGUGGUGAAUUUUCUGUGUAGCCACAAGGCUGAUGUUGGUGCUGCUGCUAUGGACGACAUGGGCGCUAUACACUUUGCUGCCCAAAAGGGACAUUUAGAGGUUGUUCGCACUCUCCUUUUAUCUGGGGCUUCUGUCAAAGCUUACACUCGCAAAGGCCUCACUCCAUUGCAUUAUGCUGUUCAAGGGGCCCAUGUAGAGCUUAUCAAGUAUUUGGUAAAGAAAGGUGCAAAUCUCAGUGCGAAGACAAAAGCAGGGAAGACCCCUCUUGAUCUUGCUAGCAGUGACGAAGUCCGCUCCUGUUUGAAAGAGUGUGAAACGUCAUCUGAGAAAGGAGGUCUGAAUGAAAAACAGAAAGAUGAAGAAUCUGAUCCAAAUACAUCCCUGCAGGAAGAAGUGAAAUCGGAAGGUGAAGCUGCAAAUUCUGGGAAUGAUAAACCGGCUGAAGAUGGAAGUCUGAAGAGGAAGACAGAAAAAGAUGAUUCUGAGGAAGCGUCAGGGGAACGGAAAAAGCCACGAGUUGUAUUGAGUCAUCUUCUAAGUGCUGAUGAUACGCAAGACGAGGAAUGA